AUGAGCAGAAGCGAUAUCGAAAACGAUGCGGCAGCUCUCAGGGCAGCUGCCAGUGUAGGCGAUGUUGCAGCUUGCCAACACUACCUGAGAUCUUGCCGUUCAGUGUGUUUUUCGUGCGACAGUGAAGGACGCUCAGCUUUACAUUUAGCAGUCAUUGGUGGUCACACAGCCGUUAUUCAGUUUUUACUUACUAUAGCGACUGCUAAAGAAGUCAAUAGUUCAGAUGGAGCUGGGUAUACUCCUUUGCAGAUAGCUGGUUCUGAGGGACACGAAGAAAUCUUAAGAUUAUUGAUUGCCCAAGGCGCUGCUGUUAAUAUUAAUGACAACAUA